GGCUUUUUUGGCGGUGGCUAUGUGUCAGGUGCAAAAAUGACAAAAGAUAGUUGACGAAGACGAGAUUCGAACUCGCGAGGUUUCCCACUGCGGUUUCGGGUAAUCUGAUUACCUAAACACAGCGCCUUAACCACUCGGCCACUUCGCCAUCUGGUUGUUGGUUGAUGAUUUUGUGGGCUGAAAACAAAGUAUAUCAUAUGCAUUUUGUACACCUUGGUAAAGUCGACGCCAACUCAUCGCGACAACAUCACCAAGCAAUUUUGUUCCCUUGUGGGAAAACCGAAGGUCCAGUUCUAGUUCACCUAUUCUGAGACAGAUGCGGCUCCACUCGUUGCUCCCUUGCGUUCCCAAAUAAGCGACUCGACUUACAAGGCGACAGGAAACAUGGCAACUAAACCCCAUAGGUGGAAGACGAAUCACCCCUCGACAAUGGACAUCUUUCCUUGACCUGUUGUUGCAGUCCGAGGACCUGAUUCGACCAUAUUUACCUCUCGGCCUCCCAAAGUGCCUUUGGAUGACCGAACACUUCCUCAUCCGGCAACGCGCGACGGAGUCAAGUCCCCCGUCCCUCCAACCCCAGACUCAAUUUAUACAAAUUAACCCUCCAGCGGGCAUCUACCCCACAAACCACCACACAACGGAGCAAGAAGCGAUGAAUUCCGGGAAGCUCAUGGAAGGAGUACCAUCGAAGGAAUUCGGUGAGAGGCAGCCGAGGGGGGGGGGCGGUGUUGAUUGAUAUAAACCCAACUCAACCCCUCCCAAGAACUUGCCUGCAUCUUAUGCUUCCACUACCGUGCCGUCUCUCGUCAGUCUAGUUCUUUUGUCUUAGCCCGGUAUCACCACCAUCACUCAAUCCCAUCAAGAUGAAGUCCAUCCUUGCGCUUACUACAGCCUUGCUGGCCACCACCGGCGUGCAGGCUCACUACAUCUUCCAACAAUUCACCUCCGGCGGCACCAAGCACGCCGCCUGGAAGUACGUCCGCAAAAACUCCAACCCAGCCUGGCUCCAAAACGGCCCUGUCACAGACCUCUCCUCGACCGAUCUCCGGUGCAAUGUCGGAGGGCAGGUGAGCAACGGGACCGAGACUGUGACCAUGAAGGCGGGGGAUGAGUUCACUUUCACGCUCGACACGGCGGUCUACCACGCCGGACCGGUGUCGUUGUACAUGAGCAAGGCGCCGGGCUUGGUCAAAGAUUAUGACGGGAGUGGGCAGUGGUUCAAGAUUUAUGAUUGGGGACCGAGUGGGAAUUCUUGGCCGAUGAGGAUUUCGUACACUUCGAAUAUCCCAAGAUGCAUCCCCGACGGGGAGUACCUCCUCCGCAUCCAGCAGCUCGGUCUUCACAACCCGGGAGCGCCGCCGCAGUUUUACAUUAGCUGUGCGCAGGUCAAGGUCACGAAUGGGGGGAGUACCAACCCGAGUCCCACGGCGUUGAUUCCAGGGGCGUUCAAGAGUACUGAUCCGGGGUAUAAUGUUAACGUGAGUCUUUAUUGCUGAAUUAGUUCGAAUCGGGGAGAUGCUGACAUGGCUGGGGGUGGGGGGGAAUAGAUCUACAGCGGUAGCAUGGCCAACUAUCAGGUUCCUGGACCUGCGGUGUUCAAGUGCUAGACUGGCUGAUGAGCGGGAGAGGCGGUUUGUGUGGUUGUCUGUGUUUGUGUUGGUUAUCCGUUCUUGUGCUGGUUAUCCAAGUUUACGCAGGUCAUCCUUUGUGUUGAUUAUUUGAGUUCUUUGCGGGACGACGAUUAACUGCUGAUGCUGGACUUCGCAGAAUCAGAAAGGUCAGCUGGGAAAAGGGCAGUCUCGAGGCAGUUUUGCAACGCAAAGGUCAAUGAGAGCCGAUGUGUAAUAAAGUAGUUGAAUGUAUGGGAAUGGGAAGUUGCCGCUACACGCCGAGGCCAAGUCAUGCGUCACCGAGCAAUGAUGAAACCUUGUUAGAUGGGAAGGAAGGAUCUAGUUGAUGUUUAGGCCUCUCAAUAGCAAUACAUUUAUCAUCUCAUUGACAAGUGGCCUUGUAUAUCAAUUCGUAUCUUCUCAAUCAUAGACCGGUGUGGCUAG